ACCAUGAUUAAUAUCUUUGGCUGCAGAAGUAUUUGUGACGGAUUAGAGUGUGUUCUGUGAGACAAAUUUAAACGCAGAAAAAGUAAAGAUUCAUCUUAUAGUUGCGAAUUUUAUGAAGCUGAUAUAAAACACACAGGAAAUGGCUGAUGCGACGUCACUGAGUGAUCAGGAGAAGCGUGUCAAGAAGAUAAAGAGAGAUCUUGAAGGAUGGCGAGAAGUUCUGAUACCCCUUAAUUCUGUUCUCCUGUGGGAGAAGAACUGGUAUCCUGGCAUGUUAUUUGGCAUUACAACAACACUAUUUUUCCUUUUCUGGUACCUUGACCCAUCUGUGUUAACUACAAUAUCAGUUGUGGGUCUGUUAACAACGCUAGUCGAUUACCUGGUGCCCACAUUGACAGCUAGUAUUUGUCAUCCUGACAGUUGGACUGGAGUCAAGGAACGACAGUUGGAAGAUAUUUGUCGUAGCUUGGCAUCCUUGCAAGGCCAAAUCACACAUUGGAUAUGCAUCUUAUCAGAAACGCGUCAAUCUAGACCCAGGCUGUAUUACACAUCUGUUGUUGUUGCCCUGACAUUUCUCGCUUGGCUGGGGAACGUGAUGAAUAAUUUGCUUCUGACUUAUAUACUGGUGACAACUAUUGUUAUGAUUCCUGGAUUGAGAUGCCACCCUUUAUUCCGGAAAUAUUUUAAACACAUUUCUACACUUGUACCAUCUUCCGACCCAAAAGUGAAACAGAAAAAGAACUGAAGAAGACAUUGAUUUUGUGUAUGUGGUUUAUGCUUAUAUAAAUUACCCAGUAUGAGUACUGGGAAUUAUCUAAUGUGAUGUUUGUUUUUAGAUUUUGUCAUUAAAAAUGAGUGCUUGCAACAGUGUGAAUAAAAUGAUCCCUGUCUCUCUAUUGGCAGGUGAUGUUUCAGUGUGCUUGCUCCAAGCAUAAUGGAAACAGUUUUGGUAAUAAAUGUUUGAGACUUGAUAUUGCCUGCUUUUAAGAUAGGUUUUUAGUAAUAUUUAUUAUGUAUUUAUCUUGUUAAGUUGUUGACUAUUUAUGUGGAAGUUUUAGAAAUAAGAGCAGUUGGUUUUCAGUUGCAUCAGGUAGUUGAUUAGAUAAGUUCUGUAAAAAUUGGAAAACAAAUGUCAGCAAUGUUACUGGUAACCUUUCCUCAUGAUCAUGUACUAUCUUUAUCUCUAAGUUACAAAGCAAUUAAGUCAAUAGACCAACUCCUCCUGUAAUACAUGUUUGUUUUCCAAUCUCAUCACAACAUAAUCUGUUACAUGAAAGAGGGUUAUUUGUAUUCCCUGCAGUAUCAUCUCCAGUAACUGAAUAUUUCUCAUUGCUAUACAGAACUGUUUAGAGUUGAAUUUACAGUAAAUCCAUAAGUUAAGUAGAGUGCCAAUAGAUUAGUAUGUUUAUAUGUAUUUUGCACAUAAAUCUCAUAAUGCAACCUAGUCAUAGUGUAAAUUUGUAAUGCUGCAUGGCAAUCCUUUUAAACAUAAUUAUUUUUGUACAACAUGCAUUACUUCAGUUUUAUAUCACCUUGUUUGACUGCGCACAAACACUUCAGCGAUUUCUUUUUAUAUGUGAAAAAGACUGAGUGUUCCCUGUAAACAUUUUUUUGUGUGUGUAAUAUUUACUGAAUAGAAUUUUUUUUUCAUUGA